AAAGAAAGCUCAAAUUUUGAUGUGGGUAUCUUACGUAUUUUUUGUUUUUCUUGAGGGGCUGUUGAAGUUUUGUACAAAGGGAGAGUCUGGAGAGAGAAAAUUAUAUAUUAAAUUAUUACGAUGACCGAGCUGCUUAACCACCCACAAGUCAAAAGUAGACUUCAAUUUCGAUAUUCUAAAGCUUCAAAUUCAUGGUUUUCUUUUCUUAGGUUGUUUGUAAGUUCGAGCUUCUGGGUAUUGUUGAUUGUUGCAAAGUUAGUAUUUUCCAGAGUGAUCAUAAGGAGCUAGGGAUUGUUUUGCUUCAAAUUUAGUAUUUUAAUGGGUUUUUGAAGAAAAUUCAAUUGGUUCUGGUGGAUUAAGUGCUUGGAGCACUCAAAGGGCUUAUGGGGUUUUGUUGUAAUUGUACGGACGGCUAUGUUAUUUUUGUGAUUUAAUUCAUUUUUUUAAAGGGCUGCUUUGUUUGCUAGAUUUAUGUUGUAGUUGGGUUUGCAGUUUCUCUUUUCUCUCUUGCUCAAAGUUUUCAUUUCUCAGAUAAAUUUUGUGGAUUUGGUGGUCAUGAAGUGAGGACAGUUUGGUUCUAAAUCAGUUGGUGGUUGUGUUUGACAUCUAUAAAGUGUUUGUGUUAUUGGUUUCGUUCAAGGGGUUUAAGGUAAGGUGGUGAUGCGAUGAUGGUGAUUUAUGGGUAGAGGAAUAGUGAAGCUUGGUGCAGAAGAUAAUUUCAGUGUCACAGCGAGCAUGCCGAGUUUUUCUUCUCAGUUACCCCCUUCCAAUUCCAUUGGCACAGAGGGGAAUACUAUGCAUUCUUCUCGAGUUUUGGAUUUUGUGGCACUUGAGCAAUCUCUUGGAUUUCGUGGAGGGAAUGCUGCUAAUGAUUGCGGAAACUCAGUAUUCCAUCAAACCAAUUUAACCAGCCCAGCAGUCGGCCCUGAUCUCCAAUUUGGCUCAUUUAAUAAGUCUCUUGUGUCCUCCAAUACAAAUUUGUCUGCUGCUAUGGGGGGUUCUCUGCUGUUACAGUUACAAAAGGGACCACAACCAAAUCUGGCUUCUGUAUCUGGUGGUUAUCGUGAGAAUUGGGGAGAAUCCAACGUGACAGAUGCCAGUCCACGGGUAGAUACUUCAACAGAUGUAGAGGCAGAUGAUAAAAAUCAAAGGUUUGAAAGGGGACAAUUAACUGCUAUUACGGCCUCUGAUUCUAGUGACAAAUCAAAAGAUAAAUCCCUGGAUCCGAAGACUUCCCGACGGCUUGCUCAAAAUCGUGAAGCUGCCAGAAAAAGCCGAUUGAGAAAAAAAGCCUAUGUACAACAGCUGGAGAAUAGUCGGCUUAAGCUAACGCAACUUGAGCAGGAGCUCCAGAGAGCACGUCAGCAGGGCAUAUUUAUUUCAAGCUCAGAUCAAUCCCACACAACGAGUGGGAAUGGGGCUUUGGCAUUUGACGUUGAAUAUGCUCGGUGGUGGGAAGAGCACAACAAGCAUAUAAAUGAGUUGAGGGCAGCGGUCAAUGCCCACGCUAGUGACACUGAACUUCGCACUGUUGUGGACAAUGUGACAGCACAUUUUGACAACGUUUUCAGGCUGAAAGGAACUGCUGCCAAGGCUGAUGUCUUCCACAUCUUGUCAGGAAUGUGGAAAACACCUGCAGAGCGGUGUUUUAUGUGGAUUGGAGGCUUCCGCUCUUCUGAACUUCUCAAGCUUCUGGCGAAUCAGCUGGAGCCUUUAACUGAGCAACAAUUGUCAGGCAUCUACAACCUGCAGCAAUCAUCACAACAGGCAGAAGAUGCACUCUCUCAGGGGAUGGAAGCGUUGCAACAAUCCUUGGCUGAGACGUUAGCCAAUGGCUCUCUUGGUCCGUCUCAGUCUUCUGGAAAUGUGGCAAAUUACAUGGGCCAGAUGGCCAUGGCCAUGGGAAAGUUGGGUACUCUUGAAGGUUUUCUCCACCAGGCUGAUAAUUUGCGACAGCAGACUCUACAACAAAUGCACCGUAUAUUGACGACCAGACAAUCAGGCCGUGCCCUUCUUGCAAUAAAUGACUAUUUCUCACGGCUUCGAGCCCUUAGUUCUCUUUGGCUUGCCAGGCCAAAGGAGCAAUAGGAACUGAAAUCUCUACUUUCACCAUCAUAUUUAAGACUAGCGCUUAAUGAUAAUCAAAUACAAUUACAAGCGACAGGUCACUGCCGGAGCACUGCAUUUGCUGCUGUAUUUAUAGUUUUAUACUGCAAAUCUGCAUGUAUGUUAUGUUUGUUGAGUAGAUGUUGUAUGUCAAGUGUUUUGUUUAAACAGUAAGCUCCAAUAAUACGAUUAAUGUUGAAUCGUUGAUAUAUGUAUAUAUAUUUUGUAAAAGUAUAUGAGAAAAUCAAGUGAUGCAGAUUACCAAGGAU